AUGACAGGUGCAGACGUUCGGCGGAUAUUUGUAUUAGCCUUGGCACUUUCACCGGAUGAAUUUGAAGACAAAGUAUUCUUUAAUGCUCCAGACCUUUGUCCCGACUCCAGUAAUGCAUUUUAUAACGUUGGUCAAGUCAGACGUCAAUUAAUGGUAGUGCAAUCAAUUGUUAUUGCUGGACAAUCUCGGCGAGUCACAAAAAUAAUGGCUUAUAAGCAAAUUUGGAUGCGUACCUACUACUAUGAGCCAAUGCAACGACUUAACAAUCGAUUUGUAGAAGAAAGACAAGCCGAGCAGUUACGUGCGAUGUCUGAGGCUUGUACCAUUUCUUAA